AUGUCCCCGUUCAUCAGCAUGCGGCGAUUUUCUCGAUCCGGGUCCGUCCACAACUCCUCCUCGCAACAGCCCUCCGUCUCGGCCUCACACCAACCGGCACCUCCCACUUCAUACACGCCGCCUCUCUCGCACGCGCCCAUGAUGAAUGGCACCACGGCCGGGUCCCUCCACGACUCGAGACCCGUGUCGGCAAAGACCAGCUCGAGCUUCGACUUUGCCAAUCGCCCUCCCACCAACUACCAAAUCACCGCCCUGCCGCACAGCGCCAUCGGCAACCUCUCGCGCACCGAUCAGAUCGUGCUGCGACACUUCUGGGACGUCAAGUACGACGAGAACAAGGCUCGAGACCUCCAUUUCGUAAGCUUACAAUUGACAUUCCUCGACGAUCGAGCUCAUCUAGAAGUUUACGAUUCCACUGACAAUCACCCGUACGAACAGCUCAAGUUUCCCUUCUUUCCACAAUACCCGAGUCAUCAGGAUCUGGUUCCCUACUGUGAAAUCUACCACCUGGUGAAGACUUCGCCGGGCGCGAAGAUCAUCAGUCUUGGCAGCGCCAACGGCGUCUACAUCGGGUUUGAGCUCUUCUCGGGCUCCCAACUGCACAUCGACAUGGACGACAGCUGGCAGAACAUUUCGCACCACCGCGUCUCGUUCAAGAAAUACGACAAGAUGCUCAAGGACCCGGCGUCGGACGCGACCUUCAAGUCCUGGCCGAAACCCCUGACCAUUGAAUUCCUCGAGGAGCAGUAUCAGCGCUGGAUGCUCGACCUGACCAGUCUCUGCUGGGAGACCGCCGAGGUUAGGGAGCUCGGCGGCGGAGGCGGUGGUGGGCCCGCCGGUGGUGACGGCCCGGAGGGAAGCGUUGACGGGGAUUUGAAGGACGAGAUGUUGUAG